UUAAUGUAGUAACACGGUUAUCUUAUAAUUACAUAAAUCAUUGAGCAAUAAGCAUAAUAUUUAAGAUUGCACUGGCCAUGGCACCAAAUUGUAAAGUAAAGUAAUGAUUAUAAAAAUUAAAAAAUAUGUUAUUCAAUUUCUAAAUUGUGAUUUGUGAAUUAUUUAUAUUCUGUGAUAAAGUAUUUGGUUUGUCAUGCAAUAUUCUAUACUUGUAACAUUAAAUAAUUCCAUUUGGCAUUUAAUCCAACAUUUGGCUUAAAACUCCCAACGUUUUUCUUCAGCUGAUUUUUCUCUCAUCAAUUCAAAAUGUAUGAUUCAGUAAAAAAGUUAAUUUCCCGUCACAAGCGAAAAUUAAUAUUCAGUGGAGCAUUUCUCUGUGGUACUGCUUAUGUGGUUUACACAAUUAAAAAGAAAAUUGCUGAAAAACGUGAAAAGGAUAGUCGUGAAUAUGUGGAACGUUGCAGACGUCAACAGCAUUAUGAGGCAACAGAAAAUACAUCUGACCGUAUGAUAAUAGAAUUUAUAAAGCAGUUACAUUUGAAAUAUUUUGUAAAAAACUUGUGCAUUGAUGAUAUUAUUGAACAAUUAAAAAAAAAAAAUAGCGUUGAACUUUGGGAAAAAAUGAGAAUUUGUGUUUUUACAAGAGCUUGUUUGCUUGUUUAUGCUGAGACAUUAUUAGUAAUAACAUUAAAAAUACAAUUAAAUUUGUUGGGUGGUGUUGUAUAUAAAAGCUUAUCUCAAGAUUCACCACCAAUUUGUUCAAAAACUCAAGAAGAUUAUUUAUCCAUGUUUGGUUAUUUUAUUGAAGAAGGAGUUCAGCGUCUUGAAGAGUAUUUACGCAAUAAAGUUCUAAAAUAUGUACAACAAGUUCCUAUUCAAGAACAGUAUAAUUUACAGGAUUUGGAAAAAAUAUUUUAUCUCAUACAAACUGAUGUAGCUAGUGAUUCAGACAGUCCCUUUCGAUGCAUUGAUUCAUAUGUUUUACACCAAGUGUCUCAACCCCGAGAAGCAUUAUUGCAAGAUAUGGUGAAUGAAACCAGAGAGUUACUAAAAAAUGAAGAAAUAAUGUCAGUAGCACGUUACUGCACGUGUCAUAGUUUCAACAAGUUAAUGGAUACAAUUAUUGUAAACAUGCCAAAUCGAUCAGUUGCAUUACCUACUACCGUACAAAUGCCAUUUGCAAAAUGGCUACCAAUUUUAGACAGAUCAGUUAAAGUAACAGAAAAUGGGGAUUGUAAUUUUAAACAAGAUGUGCAUAUUGAUUCAAAAGUUAAGGUUUUAAGUGCAAAUGUGUAUGAGGGGUUUUGUUCUGCUUAAUUUAAUUUAUAUUUAUCAUUUGUUAGCUUGUUAAAUAGGUGUUUUUUAAUAUUAUAUACUAUAUUUAUACAGUUGUAUAUUGAAUGACAAAUUUAAUAUUGUAUUUUUUUAGAAGUUAAUAUUGGUAUUUUAUUUUUAGUCUUUAUUCAAAUUUGUUUAUCAUAAAUGAAAUAAUUGACUUACACCCCUUAAAAAUAUCUUAAUUAGUUUGUAUAAAACGUCAGUUAACACUUAUAUUAUUUUGUCUGAAAAAUGUGUACUUAAAAUCUACAAAUUGAGUU